GCUCGUGAAAAAGAUAUUGGAUAUUGCAUAUUGGAAUCGGUCUAUACUAGUUCGUGAAAACGAUAUUGGAUAUUGAGGAAGAAACGAGGGCAAAAAUCGGUUGGUUUAGACUAGUGAAAAAGAUAUUGGAUAUUUAAAUUGCUGCGUCACUUUAGCAGCCGUUAAUGUCACAUUGGAGGGUUUUGCAAUGGAGAGCAUUUUCAAAGGAAUGGCUCGUGUAUGAUGCAUUCAUGCAGUGUCCUAUGCUUUCGGCUGAAAGAAUAGCAAAGUAUUUGGCCGGAAAGCAUAUACGAUACUAUGACCCCGGUGGUGACUUUGGAAGUCAUGUUAUUGUGGUUAAUUCUAGAUACAUCGCUGCAAAAGAUAAUAGCCGAUAUUGGAAACGGUUUUUAUAUACUACACAUACAAGGUUCCCUGUGUACCGUGUUGAAGAAACAAUGGAGGAAGUUCACCGGCGCGACCCUACUGAGGUUAUUCGUUUAGAAAUUAGAGCCGUCUUACGAAAUAAUGAAUCUCGUAAAUACCAAUUAUCUCGUCUCCAUAUAUACCCUGAAAAUAUUGAAACUGUUCCCAAGGAUAUUAUUGCCAAUAUCUCAGGAGUAAUACCACAAGUUAUGAGAGUACCAAAGCGUCUUGAUGAAUAUUCUGCUGAUGAACUUAAAGUAUUUCCAAAACUUUUUGAUUGGCCCGAAGAUUAUCAUGUUGCUCCGCUUAGCCCGAUGGAAGUGAAACUGACAACUCAGAAACCAAAAUCAUGACAUGUUGAUAUUGUAUUUAUUGCAUAUCUCUUGUAUAUUACACAUUUUAGUCAUUUGGUUG